AACGUCACGCGGGAUAAACUCGAGAAACCGCGUCCCCACUUGCCCGCGAUACAUCACUCAGCACUGCCUCCGCUCUGCUCCGCCGCUUGCGCCGCCGCGUGCCACCGUCCUUAUCCCGUCUGCCCUAUAAAUUACCCUCCAACCUCAUCCUCACACACCCAAAAUGCUGUUCAUUCACAAGCUCAUAUCGUCCUCCCCGCGCCUCCUGUUCUGCCGCCUCCACAAUGGCUGCAGCAAUGCCACCGCCGCCUCCUCGGGCCGCGACGAGGGCGGCCGCCACAGGGCGGCUCGAUCACCCUGUGCGUGGCUCCGAUUGAUGGCCCAGGAGAUCCGGGACAAGUGGCAGAGCCUCGUCGCUCGGAUCGGGAGCCGCCGGAGGAGGCAGGGCCAGGUCGCCGCCGUGGCUGCUGCCUCCGAGUUCGGGUACGACCCGACGAGCUACGCGCUCAACUUCGAGGAUGACCGGAGCCGGGAGUGGGAUGGGGAGUCCCCGGCGAGGAACUUCUCGGCGAGGCUGCCGGAGUCUCCAGAUCAGUCUCCGCCAGGGAAGAUGCCAGGGGAGGAAAUCGUAGCAGCGCGCAGAUGAGUUUUUCAUCUUUGAAAAGAUUCAUUUUGAUUUUGAUCGA